GCAAAUGCGAAUUCGCGCCCCACUGAGACAGGCAGGGCUACUGCAGGUCCGCUGCCGUCGGGCGGAUGCGACUACUGUAAGACGCUGCCUUGGCUUCCUGGUGGGUUGCCUGAUUGUGCACCUCAACCCUGCCAGUCCUGCCAGUCUGCCCGCCCGCAAGUCCUCCUGCCGUGCGACCAACCUCAAGUCGCCGAAGGGCUGUUUCGCCCACCAAGCACAUUCUCGGCUGCGGGUCUUCGCAACUGCUGUGCAGCACCAAACGAAGCGAUGGAAGGUCCGAGGCAGCGAAAUGCAACGCAGCGCUCCUCCGGCUGGAGUCAAUCGCGCGGCCAAUAUCGUGUUGGGUUACACCUUGCUACCUCGUCUCUGCAUCAAGCAGCUGCAGGCUGGGGGCGACCAGGAGCCCCCAUUCACGUUUCGUCACCGUCCAUCAUCCAGCCUUGAGAGGUCUCACCGUGGGCUUCUGGGCCCCGGGGGCUGGGCUCUGGACGCUGGACGCAGGACGGGGCUCCAGUGGCUACAACUGCCACAGGGCCAUCGGGACUUUAGUGGGCACGGACAUACGGGGACAUCACACCUCGUCACAGGACCAUCCGCCACCUCUUCCCGGAUCGCCGUUGGCUUUCCCGCGUGCGCUGCUGCAGAGUCUAAACAAGUGGCACCUGGCAACGACGAGCCGGUGCGAGUCAGCCCGGCAGACCACCAGGAUGUGAUGCAAAAAUAUCUUCUUUCAACAAUCUCGGAGUCCUGCAGCAGGGCAAUUCCCUUUAGCUCUUGCUCCUGUGCGCGUUCAGGAAGGCCGAGAGACAGAAGCGAUUGCUCCAGUAACACACUAGUGCCAGUCUGAGCUCAUGGCCCCUCGGCCCCCUGUGCUCGGCAGUGUGUGGGUGGGUGGGUGAGCCUCCUCCUCCUCGUCCUCCUCCGACCCCAACCAACAUGCAGACAUGUCACUUUCCCGCCCCGGAUCCUUGUUCCUGGAUCUGCAAUGAGGCGCCUCGGCCCCUGUCCCACUCCCACUCCCGGCAACAUGUUCCCAAUGACCUACCUACCUCCCUGCCUCCACCCUCGCGCCUCUUGAUUUUCAUCUGGGGGCCGUGCAGUUCAAAUGCCGCUUUACCGAUGCGCAAAACGCUCCCUCUUGGGAGCUUCUAAAUGGCCAAGGCUGGAUUAGAGCUGGUUGUUUAGCAGCGGACACCCCUGGUUGUUCUCGAUCACCUGGGAGAUCUCGGUUGCGUGCGUGCGCUGGCCCCUCUACCGAGAUAGCUGCACUUUGACCUAUACCAUCCCCCUAGGCUGGUGAUGGUUCCAUCCCGGCCCUCGGUCCAGCCUGUUUCCCUCCGGUUCACUUGCGAAUCAGACCCUGCAAAAGCUGUCAAACAUAAAUCCUGCCCCUGCAGGCACGGUUGGACAAAGGGACCCCUUCCACACCAGCUGGGACAUCCAGGUCGUCUUCUCCCACCCUAUAUAUCACCGGGCCGCGCCAAUGGUGCUUACUUGUGUUACUGGGUGCUAUUCCGUUUGUUCUAGCCUACCUCUCUCACCCCAGUGGUCGCCGAGGGAUCUUUUUUCCCUUCUAGUCCUAUACUCGACCAAACUUGGACUUUUCGUACACUCUGGAGCAACUGAUAUCGCCGUGUCCACGUCAAAUUGAAUAUUUUAUUUUCAGCUCAGUCUCCGUUUGGCAUGAUGGUUCACAAAAUUAUCCGUCAUUAGUUCAUCGUGUUCCAUGGAGCUGGCACUUCCCAGACAAAAUACGCCGAGGAGCAGGUAACCUCCAUCUUGCGAUAAAUUCAUUUCGUUGGCUUGCUUUUUCUUUCCACGACUUAAACAACCUUUGUGCCAACAUUUUUCCCGCGUUCCCUACCUCACCACAAUUCUACGGUCACUUCGAAGCCAGGCCUCACACGCGCAGUCGGUCAUUCUCAACUUGCUAGUCACACAUAGGAAUACUUCAAAAAAGCUGCUUCAAGCUCCCUGUCCUGGGUUCCGCUUUUGAUACCGGCUCAAGUUCUUGAAGCUGUGAGAUUUACGGGCCGCACUCAGGCCGCGUACAUGGCCUGGGUCUGCAACCAUGGGUCUAUUCAAGAUCUUCACCAGGAAGUCAAGUAAGGCCAGGCUCAAGGGAAAUGUUACGAGCCCCCCGCUAGGACCGUCUUCGCAAGAAAAUGGAGACACACGCCAGCCUGAUACAGACAUCCCGGCGAUUUCUAUUACAUCACAGCAAGAGCCAGACCUUCCACCUCAGACCGCGGACUUGCAAGAUCAGUCCGAGGCAUGGGACUCCACCUCAGCACCGGCCCCAUUUGUUCCCCGCCACCCGAGUCUUGUUGUUGAAGACCGACCGCGAACCGCAGCCAGCAUCCGCAGCCUGAGCCGAGAUUGGCCACAGUUUCCAAGCCGCCCGAAGAGGGAGCCGAGGAAACCACCGGUGUCCUUCAAGAAGCCCAGUUCUUUGUCCUCGGUGUCUAAUGCGUAUCAGAACACAACCCAUACGGGUGAGAGCGAUAAUGACAUCAAUUCUCUUGUGAGACUGCGCAGAACCAACGGCUCGAGAUCCAGUCUCGGAAGCAUCAAGUCCAAGGACAUCCUCGAUGCUCAAGAAGAGAUCCGUCCAACCGACUUUCGAAGCCGAGUACACGCGGCUGGAGCAAGGGACUACGGGGAGGACGUCGCGGACCGCAACAUCACUCGACACAGAGACGGCAACCUUAGUCCCACGCCAGAUCCCCGGCAGAUGAGCAACCGCACCAAGUCCCUCAGCUCAACCAGCGUGUUCCCUCGGAUGCCUGCCAACCGGGAUUUCAGCCGGCCUUCUCUAGGCCCCCCAUUGAAGGAGGAAUCGGCGUCGCAACCCCUCGAGGUACACUCAUUCUCGAGCCGCAACAAACGACGGCUGUCGCUAAAUACCUACGUACCCACCGGUAUGGUAUCCCCUGUAUCUUCGACAUCUGUGGCAACAUCUCCCGCAUUGGCAGGCAAUGUUGAAGCGAGAGACUUUGCAUCCCCGGACGCACGCCCAGGAGAAGACACGACAACUCGGUCCAAGAACCUCUCGCCGACGACAAACAACUUCUCACGCCCACGAUCACCGCAAAACUUUCAGGUCACAACCGCGCGAGGGAAUAUAUCACCUUCGCACAUGGCUCAUGUCGCCGACGGCAGAAUUGCUGAAGUUUUAUCAACUGACGAUAUCAUUUCCUCCGAAGUCCCGAGCACUCAGCGAGCAUCGAAUCAGAGUCUUGGUCACGCCUCCCCUCCUAGAUCACCAGCGAGGCAGAGUUACCAGACCCUCAGAUCCUCCCUCGCUUCCUCCAUACCCAGUCGCUAUCCUUCCACCGAUUUGACACCACUCGGCUAUCCAAAUGCAAGGCUAAUUGAGGCCCAUGUCGACCCCAACACCGCCUAUGGUGAGACUGACACAACGGUCGGGAGACCUCAGUCCUCAUUUUCACACCGACACUCGAGAUCCAACGACAGCGAGGAUCAAAUACGAUACCACAGGUCUCAAAGCCUGGGCUUCUUGUCUUCACCACUUGAGGCUGACGAACAAAGUACUAUCCAAUCCGGCAGCAUACGGAACUGGUCUCUCUCAGAGACGUCUAGGUCUGACACAACCGGCCAUUCGAAUGUAUUUUCCGCGGCUAGCGGUAGGCCUCAUUCUAGACACACGGCAAAUACGUCGCUCGACUCAAAGAGCGCGGAAAGCUUUAUGACUGCCAACAACGGCCAGCAUGGUAGUGACUGGUCCCCAGUCACGAACCGGUCCAAGAAUUUCAAUAUCGAUGAUUAUGUCUCAUCCGAUGACGACUCCUUCACGACACCGGAGAAAAAGACUCGACCUACCGCUGAAGGCGAGGAGGACCUGCUGUUUAAGCCUGGCUAUGGAAUUUUGGGCGUGGCAUUGCCGGGCUUAGAAGCGCUAGGAGAGGAAGACGAAUACUCUGGUAUCCCGACACAAGACAACAGAAAUGACUCGGUAUCUUCGAAUGAUUCUGCUGCCGUGGCAUCAAGCCCAAAGGACACCAGACUGAGAGUUGGGACAAACAAUGAGCUAUCCCCAACACUGCGCCACGUGCGGAGUGAUCCCGAGGAGCUGUACAUGAGCACAUUCGGAAGGCUCCUGAUGCAGGGCCUCCAGAGGCCCUCCACAGCCAACGUCUGGGAACCUGAGGAAGAGCACCAAGAUCAAGCAGAGCAUCUCGACGGGUCCUACACACCCUCCUCGAGCAGCACCGACAGCGACGAGCCCGGGGCCAGGAGGUCCACGGUUGGCAGUCUCGGGGGGUUCCGGCCAGGGCAGCGUAGCGGAAGCAGCUUCAGCGUGUACUCCACCGGCGGCACCGUCACGACGACCAUCACUGGCGGGGCCAAGGCAGUCGAUCACCGGGAUACCUACGACGACAUGCGCGCGUCCCGUCGAGGCCUCAAGCGGCUGUCGGCGCUCGGGACCCUCUACGGGAGGAGCAUGAGCAGCUCGUUCGGGUCUUCAGACCGGAGGCGGCCUACUACCGCAUCGGAUGGGGCGCUCAGGGAGGAGAUGAAGGCGUCUGAUAUUAUUAGGAGGAGGAAAGAGGACAAGACCAGGAAGAGGUCCGACGGUGGUGGCCUGAAAAGUAUCCGGGAAAGGAGGCUUACCGAGGCCUUUGGCCGCCCAGGAAAUGAUGGGAUUGCGAUGCUGAAGGACCACCUGCGAGACGAUGAUGAACUGUGGGAUAGUGGGAGGUAAUUAUGUGAUUUUCGCGUGCCGGAGUGCAAGGAUUGAUUGAUCAAAAUACCCAAGAGACAGCUGUACCCGCACAGCUGGAAGCUUUCAAGCUUUCAUUCGAGAAGUUAUGUUUUCACGUCUGAUACUUCUUCCUUUCUCGGAGAAAACCAGCAUGGUUUGAUAUACUAUGCCUUUUUUUUUAAAGGGGGAAGGGGGUUUAUGGCUGGCAAGCGUUGGCGUUCUGUGCCUUUUCGAGGAGUAUAGAGUAAGGGUUUUGCCUCGAUGAUUUGACGAGCGAGAUAUACAAGACGACGCUGAGAUCAUUGCGUUCUGUCUGCUAGCCAUCACCGGUAUACAAUUGACGAAUUUGAGGAG